AUGUUACACGCUGAUGUUCAAUAUGUUCAUUUACAAUGUGAUAGCGGACGUGGAUUGGAACUAGUUUCUACAGAAAUAGGUGAAACAAUGGAACAUGUAAAAUUUGUGCUACCAAAUGCACCAAUGCGUUCAAUAACUAUUAAUAGGGGCAUGAUAAUGCGUGGAUGGUUUGAUCUUACAACUCUAAGUUUAGAUGAAAUGGUGGAUGAAGAUGUAAAAAAAUUGAUAAAAGAUGAAAUUGAUUCUGGAAUUGCUUCUAAUCGAAUUGUUGUCGGAGGAAUUUCUCAAGGAGUUACAAUAGCUCUUGGUGCAGGAAUAUCAUCAGAAUAUCCUUUGGCUGGAAUGUUUGGAUUUAGUGGGUUUUUAAGAAUACAAGAAAAGAUUAUUCAAAUGUCCACUCAAGCAAAUAAGAACACACCAAUAUUUAUGACUCAUGGUGAUAGUGAUGAGUCUUCAGAAUUUCUUAAAAAAAAUGGUUACAAUGUAACUUUUGAAACUUAUAAUGGAAUGGGCCAUAUUUUUUUUUCCAAACAACAAGUAUCUGAUAUAAUUUCAUUUCUGAAACAAGUUAUUCCUUAA